AUCGUUCUACGUUGAACUGGUACCUACAACAGCCAUGCUGGACAUACAGCUUCGACCGAUCAAAGACACGUUGUUCGAUUCUAUUACACAUCUCAUCCCCUCCUCUCUUUCCCCGCUCGCCAUCACCAUUCUCGCCUUCUUCUCUGGUGUCAUUUCCUGCAUCUACGCCGCUUCCAACAACAUCCUACUGAGCACCGCAUUUUGGGCACUCAACAGAGCACUGGAUUGUCUCGAUGGAGCCGUCGCCCGAAAACGUAAUCAGUCUUCAGAUCUUGGUGGUUACUUCGACCUUCUGGGCGACUUCAUUGUCUAUUCAGCCAUCCCAAUAAGCUGCGCCUUAGCACAGAACGAGAACUUUAAUGCGAGGAGGAUUUGGUUCUCAGUGGCUGUCUUGGAAGCCUCUUUCCAUGUCAACAACUUUGUCUUGUUCUACAUAGGCGCCAUCCUGGAGAAGCGUAAAGGCAGUGGCAGAGGUGAAAAUACGACCAGGGUCAAAGAGCUGACCAGCGUCGCAAUGCGACCAGCACUCAUCGAAGGAACUGAAAGUGCAGCUUUCUUCACGGCCAUGCUCGUAUAUCCUUGCUACUUGCAACAACUGUCUUGGGCAAUGGCUCUUCUAGUGUGGUUGGGAAUCGCUCAACGAACAAAGUGGCUGGUGGAAUCGCUUGGUUAGAUAGACAAACAAGCUACAAAGAUGAAGAGGGUCUUUCCUG